GUGGCGAUUUGGAGUAGGGGUUUUAGGAGGUUCAGUCAGGCCGGGUUUAAACCAAACUCUGAGACCCCGGGAGAGGAGAAGGCGAGACGAGGAAAGGGCCUCGGCACAGGGCCGUAACGGGUGCAUAAAGGUUCGCGGGGUGGGAAGGCCAAGUGGAGAGCGGACCUGCUGCCAGCGCGCGCUCUUCCGCCUGCACGAUGAGCUCCAAAGGCAAGAAACGCGUGGUGCUGCCCACGCGCCCCGCGCCGCCCACGGUGGAGCAGAUCCUGGAGGACGUGCGAGGGGCGCCCCCCAACGACCCUGUUUUCACCGCCUUGACCCCAGAAGAACCCCCAGAUCUAUCUCCAAGGGCCGAGGACCCUGAGGCCCGGCUCGAGCAGCUCUACCAACAGAGCCGGGCCUAUGUGGCCAUGAACGAGAGGCUGCAGCAGGCGGGGGACACACUGAGGCAGAAGUUCGAGGACCUUCGGCAGGCUGAUGAGAGGUUAGAACAGGAUGUCAGCCGGGUGACCUCAGCCACCUCCUAGACAAGGAGGGCCCCUAGACAAGGCGCCGGGCCCCUUGUCACCAUCUGCUGCCUCAGCACUGGCUCCCUUGGCAGACUUUGAGCCCUUGUUCCCUCUUCCAUCCUUGAUGGCCUCAAAGUUGGGGUGGGACUUACGGGCAUGGCCUCAUUCAUGGGGGCAUCAGCCUGGGUGGUGUCUAGGACUUGGCGGAGGUCAGGGCUCAGAACCAACCUGCCCCACAGUGGCCAGCCCUCUGCUCCUACUUCCUGCUUCAUGUUGGCCUGGGCAGCGAGGGUCUCCAUCCCCAACAUCUGCAGCAGGCCAGAACCUGUAUGUCCAGCCUCACCGUGGUUGACUACCUCCUUCUGGCUCGGGUCCUCCUGGGUCCUGCCAUCUUGCCUGCUCUCUGGUCCCAUCUCCCUUGUGCGGAGGGAACUUGGCUAGGGGGUUUUCAUUCUGGGGAGUCCAGGAAUACGGGAGGAGCCCAAAGGCAGGGUGACAGUGCACGGAUCUCUGUGGGGGCCUGUGUCCUGCAGGCUCAGCUGGGCACCCACAGGACCCUUCUGGGGUGGACAUUACCCUCUGGACUGGAGCUUCAGUUGACCUUGCUGACGACCUGCUGCUCUGGAGUGGGCAGGCUUUGUUUUUGGAACAUCAGAGAGUUCAUUCUGGGUCUCAACGCCCGCCUUCCGUGAGCUGGACCCUGGAUCACUGGGGCCCAAGUCCACUUCAGCCCCUUUGCGCCUUAGGCGCUGGCCACCCCACAUGCCUCCUCAUGUCCCAAAUGGCCUUGGCUUGUGACUUAUUCCUGCCAUUCCCAUUCCUAGUGGUCACUGUUUUCUCUGGGUUCCCGGAUCCCCACCUCCACAGGUGGUCAGUGGCUGAUGGCCAAAAGCAAAUGGCCAGGUGUGGUUUGGCUGACCUGACUCAACCUUGGCUCUAGCAUGUGUCUGUCUGCAGGGAGCUUAGGCCCAUGCACCAGCGCCUUGUGGCUGCAGUAGAAAGUUCUAGAAUGACCUCCCCCAUCCAGAGUCCGUGUUGAAGAUUAAUAACCCAGAGCGACUCAAUGGCUUGCUUUAUUAAAGAUGUGAACGAGAACCAGAA